AUGACCAGCAAAGAUCACGUAAAGUCGCGAUUUAUCGAAGCGGAUCUGGAUAUCAACCCCGACGCCUCAGACCAACAAGACAAUUCCGCGGAGCAGCAACAAGACAAUUCCGCGGAGCAGCAACAAGACAAUGCCACGGAGCAGCAACAAGACGAAUGGGAGUUUUGGUCUGAUGACGAGGAUGAUGUUGAUAUGACACGAACAGCAACGAUGCGUUCGGUGACCGAUGAAAAUUUGAAAUAUUUGAACACGAACGUAGACGCUGGUCUGAGUGAUGUAGAAGUUAAAGGGAGACAAAAAAUCUUUGGCAAGAACAUGUUAAAAGAGGAGAGAGAAAGUACAUGGAGAAAGAUUGUGUCGUAUUUCUGGGGACCAAUUCAAGCUAUGAUUGAAGUUGCGGCUAUUCUUGCAGCCGCGUUGAGAAAAUCUACUUUACUCCAUAAUUUCGCUCUCUACGAUAUUUAUUCAACGCAGGUGGACAUGGGUGUCAUCAUCGGAUUGUUAGUUCUCAACGCUGUAGUAGGAUUUUUGCAAGAAAAACAGGCUGGGGAUGCUAUCAAGGAACUAACAAAGGAACUCGCACUCAAAGCGAGAGUAAGGAGAAAUGGAAAAAUUACGGAAGUUGAUGCAACUGAAUUGGUCGUUGGCGACAUCAUUCAUUUAGCCGAAGGAGAUGUGGUGCCAGCUGAUGCCAAAGUGCUAGGCCAGGGCGCGUUUGUUCAAGUGGAUCAAUCGUCCAUAACUGGUGAAUCCCUACCUGUUCGUAAAGGGGAGAAUGAUGUUCUCUAUUCCAGUUCAGCCAUAAAACGCGGAGAAGUUACUGCUAUAGUGGUGGCGAUCGGUGACCAAACUUAUAUCGGACACGCGGCAUCGCUUGUCCAGACUACGAAACGUGUUGGACACUUUUCGGCAGUGCUAAAUAAAAUGGGGAAAGGGCUAAUAUUUGGUGCCUAUAUUUGUAUCUUUAUAGUCAUCAUAGCUAGUUACUUUCGCGGAGCAGACUUUUCUACGAUAUUUGCACUCGUAGCAGGUUUGGUAGUGGUUGCUGUCCCUAUUGCAUUACCAGCUGUGAUUACGACUACUUUGGCCGUUGGCGCCACAGAUUUGGCUAGGAAGCAUGCCGUUGUGCGCGAAUUGGGAGCCAUUGAGAGCUUGGCGGCUGUCGACGUGCUUUGUACGGAUAAGACAGGAACGCUUACCAUGAACAAACUGAAAGUAGCACACCAAUUCAUUAUGGAGGGUACUACUACCGACGUGCUUUUUACAGUUGCUGCCUUAGCCUCACAGAGAACACGUAAGGGAAUAGACGCAAUUGAUAAAUCUAUAAUGAAGCAUAUAUACGCCCAUUAUAGGCACCUUAUUCCUACGAUUAACAGCUAUAAAGUUGUGGAAUUCAAUCCAUUCGACCCAGUAUCGAAAAGAAUUCUCGUAAAAUUAGAGAAAGACGGUAAAGAGUAUAUAGCCAGUAAAGGCGCCCCGCAAGUAAUCCUCCAGAUGGUACAAGAUGACUCUCCGAUUGACGAACAACAUCUCGAUGAUUACAACAACGCUGUGAAUGAAUUUGCCAAACGCGGUUUUCGUUCCAUUGGAGUUGCGUUCAAGGAGCCAGACUCAAAGUGGCAAAUAAUUGGUAUAAUUUCUUUAUUCGACCCUCCUCGUCAUGAUACCAAAGAGACUCUUGCACAGGCCCUUACCCUCGGAUUGAAAGUCAAGAUGUUAACUGGAGAUCAACUAGCUAUUGCCAAGGAAACAGCUCGACAAUUGGGACUGGGGCUGAACAUAUACGAUAGUACGAAGUUAGGUUUAGGUACUAGGGGGAAAGACAACCGACAGCAGGAGAGUAGUGAGCUGAUCGAUUUUGUCGAAAAUGCUGAUGGAUUUGCGCAGGUAUUUCCUGAGCAUAAGUAUAAAGUGGUCGAUAUUGUGCAAAAAAGGAAACACAUUGUUGCAAUGACUGGCGAUGGAGUUAACGAUGCUCCAUCACUAAAGAAGGCUGACGUUGGUAUUGCUGUAAAAGAUUCUUCUAACGCGGCCAGAGUAGCGGCCAGUAUCGUUGUCAUGGAAGCAGGAUUGAGUGUAAUCAUUGACGCUAUAAAAACUUCGCGGAGAAUUUUUCAUCGCAUGGAAAGUUACGUUCAAUUUAGAGUCGCCCUUUCGCUCCAUGUCCUAAUAUAUUUGACAACAGCCAUUAUUAUCUUUGGUAAAUCACCUAUAAAUCUGACAAUGAUUGUGACAUAUCUACUUUGUGCUGAUAAUGAUCCCGCAACCAGAUAUGAUCGAGCACCAUAUUCACAAGUACCUGUCAAGUGGGAUAUGGCCUUGAUCCUUUUUCGUGCCUUCAUACUCGGGAUUUGUCUCGCUGUCGGGACAUGGGUUGUUCACGCAACUACUCUGGUAGGCCCUGAAUACAUGGGAAAUACGGCUGCGGCCGCCUUUUUAGAGGUUGCUUUAUCCCAAAAUUGGACUAUACUUAGUACUCGCACAGGUGGAGGUUUCUGGCGUUUUCUUCCCGGCUGGCAACUGGUCUUGGCCAUUCUAACUGUCGAUAUUGUGGCUUCAAUCAUGGUUAUUUUUCGAACAUUUUUGCAACAUCAUAUUGACGAGAAGCAGAACUUUGGGGAACUUUCGGAGAAGUAA